AUUCUUAUGACUGAUUUAAGGAAACAGACUUAUCCCCAAUUUAUGAGUUUCAUAGUGUUCUUAGAGGAAAGAUUUCACAAGAGGAUUAUAAUUAUGCCCAAAAUGUGUGGAAGGAAUUUGAAUGCAAAACAUAAUGAUCUUUAUCUCAAAAUAGACGUAUUUAGUCUAGCAGAUGUCUGGACAAUAUUUAGAAAAACAUUUAUGCAUCAUUAUGGUCUUGAUCCCAGCCAUUAUAUAUCUGCAUCUUCUCUAUCCUGGGAUGCUAUGCUUAAAAUAACCAAGGUCAAAAUUAAGCUAUUUACAGAAAUGGCAAUGUAUGACUUCAUUGAAAAAGCAAAGUGA